AUGGCCGUACCUCCCGAAGUAGCAAAUGAUGCCCUGAAUGCCACGCUCGCUGUCGUGCAAUCGCUCGUUCAGCGCUGCAUCAAGGUGAAGAAGGGUGAUCCCGAGGCCUUAAGGCUGUCGGACGAGAUUGCCAGGCGUGUGGCAAAAGACUUAAAACUAUACAGUGGGAAUGCUACAUCAUUCUCCCCACAGCUACUCUCAUUUGCCACCGUUGUGAGACAGCACUCAAAGGGCGGGGCCUUUGAAAACGUCCCCGACUGGACCUCCGUCACCAACGACGACCCUCGGAUAAAGAAUCACCCACGAUUCGAGAAGACCGUGGACUAUCGCCCCCCCUCCACAUUUAACCAUCCCGCCAUCGGGACAUCGACUGAUAUUCCCGCCACCGUCCCAAUACCACCGGCCAUCAUCGUCCCACCAUCGACUCCCUCGACUCCGCCAUCUAUGCCAUCCCAAACGGACCUGGAUGUCAUCGCUACGCCAGUAGAGGAACCGAAACGACGGUUGCAAGCGGCCAAGAACCCGCCCCGUGUCGGUCAUCCAGCACAUCCGCCCCUAAGAUACCGACAUUUGUAUUUUCCAGAAGCUGAGAGGGAACAAUGGAAGAUAGCUUCCGCGGCUGGCGAUAGCAAGAAGAGGAAGGUGGAAGAUGAAGAUACUGAUGGGACCAAAGUUGCCAAAAAGAUGAGGAAGGUGAAGUCCGAUGUCAAAAAAGAGCCAACCGGAGGAGUCAUCCAUGUAAAACGAAGGGCAUCCAACAGCUUACCGCUCCAGGAAUUGCCGCCUGUCGCUACUGACAAGGACGUUCUCCUAGUCGCAGACAAGGAUUUCCUGGAUGCAGAAACUCGGCCUGCAGAAUGGGGCUCGGAUUCUGAUGUCGCUACUCCUUGGCAGCAUUCCGUUCGUUACCACCCCCGGCGCUGCGACAAGUGUGCCAAGUUGGACGUAGCCUGCCUUGUCCUCCCCGACAAGAAAUUCGGGUAUACACGCCUCGCCUGCGCCAAUUGCGACAACAUGAAGAUCGUGUGCGCAAUCGACGGCGUUGGUGUCCGGCAGAGGUUGCAAGGUAAUGCGGCGAAAGCAUCCUCUGACGCGUGCAAAACCCCCAAGACGUCCAAGUCCCGAGCUGUCUCCGAAAAAUUCGCGGCGCGUCCUUCUCGCUCUCAACGGAGCAUUGCUCGUAGCAAAGGAGCAGAGAAAAAGCCCACGGAGGUCCUUCCGGGUCAGGCUCAAAUACAGCCGGAAAACCGGCAAUCACCUGCGCCCACCAACCUGCUGGAACCAGAGCCCACCGCAAGAGAAAUCUUGCAGGGCAUCCAGGACCUCAGUCGGAGGUUGGAUCUCCUCGCCGCCAAUGAGCGGGUAGACGCGUUGGAGGUCAGAGUGGGUUCAGUUGAGACCAACCUGCUUCAGCGGUUGGACGAGUUAGAGCUCCGGCUCAACGAAUCUGAUGCCCGGUGGAAAUCUUUGGAAUCCAUAAAAUAG